AUGGGGGAGCUAAAGAAGUUAGUAGAGGAAGGAAAAAUUAAGUACAUUAGGCUAUCAGAACCUAGUCCAGAUAGAAUAAGAGCUCAUCAUGCUGUUCAUCCCAUCACCGCGCUGCAAAUGGAGUACUCUCUCUGGACCCGUGAAAUUGAAGACGAUAUAAUUCCCCAUUGCCGAGAGCUUGGAAUUGGGAUUGUUGCAUAUAGUCCUCUUGGUAUUGGAUUCUUUGGUGGGAAGGCAGUUGUAGAGAGGCUGCCAAAUGAGAGUGUGUUGAGUUCAAAUCCAAGGUUCACAGGAGAGAAUUUAGAGAAGAACAAAGUCCUAUAUGCAAGACUUGCUAACUUGGCUGUGAAGCAUGGUUGCACACCUUCCCAAUUGGCUUUAGCAUGGGUUCUCCAUCAGGGAAAAGAAAUAAUCCCAAUCCCAGGUACAACUAAAGUUCAUAACUUAGUGAACAAUAUCGGAUCAACCUGGGCAUUGAUUUUUCUUGCUUUUUCAUUUAAACCGAAAUAG